AUGAUUGGUUGUCCAUUUGUCUUGCUUAUUUCACAAGAUGGUAAAGGUCCAGGUUUUAAGGUUAAAACACUGAAAAUAAAUCACAAUUGUGAGGAUGCAUUUAAAAAUCCUAGAGCUUGCACAAGUACUUUAGCACAAUAUUUCAAGAGUAAACUGCAGAAUAAUCCUCAGUACAAGCUAAAGGAUAUGAGAAAAGACUUGAAGGAUCAGUUCAACUUGAAUGCUCGUACCUCUAAGUUGAAAAGAGCCAAGAGGAUGGCCCUUCAAAAAUUGCAGGGAAGUUUCUUAGAUGAUUUCAACAGAAUUGAGGCUUAUGCAAAUGAGCUUAGGCUAAGCAAUCCUGGUAGUGAUAUUGUGAUCAAUUUAUCAAAGGAUGCAUUGGAACAAGGUAAAAGAAAGUUCCUUAGGAUGUACAUCUGCUUUAAUGCUCUGAAGUUGGGAUGGAAAGAAGGUUUGAGACCCUUUAUUGGACUAGAUGGGACCUUCUUGAAGGGUCAAUGCAAGGGACAACUUUUGGUGGCUAUGGCACAAGAUUCUCAGAAUUGCUUCUAUCCAUUGGCAUGGGCUGUAGUUGAUAAGGAGACAACUAGGACAUGGAUAUGGUUUCUACAACUGCUGAACAAUUCAUUAAAUUUGAAAGAUGUUUGUAACUGUAUAUUUGCUUAUUUGACAUGUAUAUGGACUGAUAAAUGCAAAGUAAAAAUUGUCCUUCCUUUGUCUCACCACAGGCAUAUUGAGGCCAACUGGAUGAAGAGAUUUAGGUCAGGAGAGAUGAAGAAACUGCUUUGGUGGGCUGCUUGGAGUACUUAUGAGGAAGAUUUCAAGGAUCAGUUGAGUGCACUUGGUGCAUUGUCAAAAAGUGCUGCCAAAGAUUUGCUUAAGUAUCCACCACAGACAUGGUGUAGGGCAUAUUUGGAUACUAUAUGCAAAAAAUCAAAUGGUGGAUAA